AUGGCUGACGCUGAGAUAAACAACACGCUGUUGAGGCAAUCCUUCGAUGGCACGCAGAAUUACUCGGAUCUGCAGGAGCUCAGCGUGGACGAUCUCCUGUAUGACGUUCCGGUGGGCAUCGUGGUGCUGCUGUCCAUCUUCUACGGCACAAUAAGUAUCUUGGCGGUGAUUGGCAAUGGUCUGGUCAUUUGGAUUGUUGCAACAACACGGCAAAUGCAAACCGUGACGAAUCUCUUCAUUGCCAACUUGGCCUUGGCCGAUGUCAUUAUCGGGAUGUUUGCUAUUCCCUUUCAGUUCCAAGCCGCCCUUCUGCAGCGGUGGAAUUUGCCGAAAUUUAUGUGCGGUUUCUGCCCGUUCGUUCAGCUCCUUAGCGUUAAUGUGUCUGUUCUAACACUGACGGCAAUCGCCGUGGACCGACACAGGGCCAUCCUUAAUCCACUGAGGGCAAGACAAUCCAAAAAUAUCUGCAGGCUUAUCAUUGGUUGCAUUUGGAUCGUAUCAAUUCUUCUCGCAGCCCCAAUUUGCUAUGCUCUGGAAGUUAUUCAUGUGAAAGAGUUGAUCAGACGUGAAGGCGAUAUCAUUGUCCUGUCGAAGCCCUUCUGCAAUAAUGAGAACUUAACGGACGAGCAAAUGAGGAUAUAUCGCUAUAUUCUAGUGCUUGUGCAGUAUCUGAUUCCAUUCUGCGUGAUAAGCUUCAUCUACAUCCAAAUGGCCGUUCGCCUGUGGGGCUCGAAGACACCGGGAAAUGCUCAGAACGACAGAGAUGUCACGUUGCUGAAGAACAAGAAGAAAGUCAUCAAGAUGCUGCUAAUUGUUGUGGCUCUCUUUGGCAUUUGCUGGCUUCCACUUCAGCUGUACAACAUUCUGCAGGCCACAUGGCCGGGAAUCAAUGACUAUCGCUACAUCAACAUAAUCUUCUUCUGCUCUGAUUGGAUUGCCAUGAGCAACUCGUCCUACAAUCCCUUCAUCUACGGCAUUUACAAUGAGAAAUUCAAGAGGGAGUUCAGCAAGCGUUGUCCUCUGUGUCGGUUGGGCUUCGAUAGUGGUGACUUCAGUGAGAAGUCAGUGUACACACGCGUAAGUUCCAUUCGAUCCAACUACACGAACACAUCCACACGACAAAAGAUCCAAAAUCAAAGUCAGGUGACGCCCAACAAUCUCAUUGUUUGUCAUGUUGAAGGAAAAAAGGCCCAUCAUCGUGGUGCAGUGGAAUGGAAAGCUGUGAAAAAUUGUAUUCUCGGUGAUCGACAGAAGGCCAACUAUGCGCCCGGGAAUGUCCAGGAUGAGUGCACAAAUUGCGGCAGCAAGAUUCGCGAGUACGGCGGCAUGGCGUAUGAGCCGCCGCUGGUGCCGCGGAAGAAGCAGAACAACUCGGAAACGGAACUGUUCACCUUCUCCUCGCCCACAGUGAGCCACGAUGAGGGCCCGGAGAGUGGUGAGGAGGGCAAGCGGGCACGACACGGUGUCGCUUCUGGAAUCCUAUUUGAGGAUAUUGAUCUCUAGAGCGGGCGAACGCCCAAGGAAAGCCAUUCCGAGAUACUCUCUCUAUCCGUUCAUUGUCCUAAUUUGAACUCUUGUCUCUAGUUAUCAUUUAUUUAUUCACACUGUUCCCUUCCGCCUGUCCCCCAUUUUUCAACUGUCGAGAGAAAGAGGGAAAAGCCAGUCACUGAAUCCCCGUGACAAGGACUUUCACACCAUAUUGUCAAGCCCAAAAUAAAAAUGUGAUUUUCAUUUAUAAAUGCACUUAAUUUAAAUGGAAUAGUUUUUCAUUUGACUGUUUAAAUAUUUAUAGUGUUGGAGCUUUCAAAAAGUGUGGAGAAACUCUCAAAAUGUAAUAUGCGUUUAAAUAUUGAAAUUAUCCAGACUAGUUGGUGAACUUUGGAAAUUUUCACGACAAAAUAAAAGCUCUGAAGAGUCUUCAAUGUUAUUUUUAAUGUCACGAAAUUGAACACAUUUUUUUUCAGUUAAACUA